AUGAGUAAAUAUACAGGAUUAGGUAUUGGAAUAGAUUUAGGUACAACAUAUUCAUGUGUUGGUAUUUGGCAAAAUGAUCGAGUAGAAAUUAUAGCAAAUGACCAAGGAAAUAGAACGACACCAUCAUAUGUUGCAUUUACUGAUACAGAAAGACUUAUUGGGGAUGCAGCAAAGAACCAAAUUGCAAUGAAUGUUAAAAAUACGGUAUUUGAUGCAAAACGAAUGAUAGGAAGAAGGUUUAGCGAUCCAACUAUUCAAAAUGAUAUGAAACAUUGGUCAUUUGAAGUAGUUGAUGAUGGACAUGAUAAACCACUAAUUGAAGUAGAAUAUAAAGGAGAAGUUAAAAGAUUUACACCAGAAGAAAUUUCAUCAAUGGUAUUAAGUAAAAUGAAAGAAAAGACAGAAACAUUUGUUGGAAAAGAAAUAAAGAAUGCAGUUAUUACAUGUCCAGCAUAUUUCAAUGAUUCUCAAAGACAAGCUACUAAAGAUGCAGGAACAAUUGCAGGAAUGAAUGUGAUGAGAAUUAUUAAUGAACCUACGGCAGCAGCUAUUGCAUAUGGACUUGAUAAAAAAAGUUCAGGAGAGAAGAAAGUAUUGAUAUUUGAUCUUGGAGGAGGAACAUUUGAUGUAUCAGUUCUUGCAAUUGAAGAAGGAGUGUUUGAAGUUAAAGCAACUAAUGGAGAUACACAUCUUGGAGGAGAAGAUUUUGAUAAUCGACUUGUUAAAUAUUUUAUUGGUGAAAUUGAAAGAACAUAUAAGAAAGAUAUUAGUGGGAAUGCACGAGCUGUUAGAAGAUUAAGAACAGCAUGUGAAAGAGCAAAAAGAACAUUAUCAAGUGCAAGUGUUGCUAAUAUUGAAGUUGAUCAAUUAUAUGAAGGAAUUGAUUUUUAUACAUCUAUUACACGAGCUAGAUUUGAAGAAAUCAACAUUGAUUUAUUUAAAUCAACUAUUGGACCAGUUUCAAGAGUAUUAGAAGAUGCUAAAAUAGAUAAAAGUAGUAUUGAUGAAGUAGUAUUGAUAGGAGGAAGUACAAGAAUUCCAAAAGUCGUUGAGAUAUUAAAAGAAUUUUUCAAUGGGAAAGAACCAAAUAAAAGUAUUAAUCCAGAUGAAGCAGUUGCGUAUGGAGCAGCAGUACAAGCAGCUAUAUUAACAGGAACCGGAGGGAAAGCAACAGAAGAUGUGUUAUUACUUGAUGUUGCACCACUUACACUUGGAAUAGAAACAGCAGGAGGAGUUAUGACAGCAUUAAUUGCAAGAAAUUCAACAAUUCCAGCAAAGAAAUCCGAAAUAUUUUCUACAUAUGCAGAUAAUCAAGCAGAAGUAUUAAUUCAAGUAUUUGAAGGAGAAGCAUCAAUGACAAAACAUUGUAAUUUACUUGGAAGAUUUGA